AUUUCUGUCCCAUAGUCUCUUCCUUAAUGGUGGUGGAGGGAGGGCAGCAGUGUGGGAGACGUUAUACUUGCUGUGGAACAGCAGUGGAAUUGGGAACUAUGGCGUGGUUAUGGAUCCUUGUCACACUGAGUUUAGUUUUCUGCUACCCAGUAUCCAGUUCGGAGAGUGAAGAAGAACAUCUACUCAGAUAUCUGUUUGUGGAGAAAGGCUACAGGAAGGAUAUACGACCAGUUGAACAUGUAGAUGAUACACUGGAUGUGUAUUUGUCACUGACCCUCUCCAAUCUUAUCUCACUUAAAGAAGCAGAUGAAACUCUGACUACAAAUGUCUGGGUUGAGCAGGGAUGGUAUGACAAAAGACUUUCAUGGAAUAUGACGGAGUUCUAUGGCAUUGAUAUACUGAGAGUUACUCCAGAUAUGGUGUGGCAACCAAAACUUAUCCUUGAGAACAACAAUGAUGGCAACUUCGAAGUGGCAUAUUACUGCAAUGUCCUCAUAUCACCCAGUGGCUAUAUCUACUGGCUGCCUCCAGCCAUUUUCCAAACUCCUUGCUCCAUCAAUGUCAAUUAUUUCCCCUUUGACUGGCAGAAUUGCUCUAUCAAAUUUAGCUCAUUGACUUACAAUGCUAAAGAAAUCAACCUGCGUCUGAAGGAGGAGAAGGAUGAGAAAACAAAGAGAUUUUACUCAGUAGAAUGGAUUGUCAUUGAUCGAGCAGCUUUUACAGAUAAUGGAGAAUGGGAGAUUGUCCACAUUCCAGCCAAAAAGAACAUUGACAAGAGUGUGUCUCCUGAGAGCAGCCAGUACCAAGACAUCACGUUCUACCUCAUUAUUAAAAGAAAACCCCUCUUCUACAUUAUAAACAUCCUAGCACCUUGUGUGCUCAUUGCUCUGAUGGCUAACCUGGUCUUCUAUCUGCCAGCUGACAGUGGGGAGAAGAUGACAUUGGCUAUUUCAGUCCUGCUGGCUCAGGCCGUCUUCUUGCUUCUGAUCUCACAACGCCUACCAGAGACCUCCUUGGCGAUCCCGCUCAUCAGCAAAUACCUGAUGUUUAUCAUGGUGCUGGUGACAAUAGUGGUGGUGAGCUGUGUUGUCGUGUUAAAUAUACACUUCAGGACUCCCAGCACACACAUCAUGUCAGACCGCCUGAAAAAGCUAUUUCUGAACAAACUGCCACGUCUACUACAUAUGUCGCAACCAGCACAAUCGGAUCCUGAGCCGUGGAGUGGGGUGCUGCAGCGGCGCAGUAGCUCAGUGGGGUACAUUGCUAAAGCAGAAGAAUAUUUCAGUGUUAAAUCGCGAAGUGAACUUAUGUUUGAGAAGCAAUCAGAGCGCCAUGGUCUGACUAGCCGAGCCACACCUGCAAGGGUAAAUCCACUGAAUGCCGACGGUACACAGGACCAACUGUAUGGUGAAAUGAAGCCAGCCAUCGAUGGGGCUAACUUUAUUGUCAAGCACAUGACAGAAAAGAACAAUUACAAUGAGGAGAAAGAUAACUGGUACCGCGUUGCUCGGACUGUUGACCGAUUGUGCCUCUUUAUCGUGACACCCGUUAUGCUCAUCGGAACCCUGUGGAUAUUUCUAGGAGGAGCUUAUAAUGUACCUCCACUCUUUCCAUUUGCUGGUGACCCCUAUGACUACAAGGAAGGACACAAGAGAUUACUAUAGAGCCUACCGGCACUCUCCAGCCCCCCCUCAAUAUCCACUGAUGAAAAUAAUUAGAACAGGGGUUAAUGAGAAGUCAUAGUCUGUGGCUCUUAUUCUGUCUGUCAGGGUGUAUUGCCUUGUGGAAGUAGGUAUUUCUUGAUCUAUUCUAUUUAUAAAAAAUCCCUUAUUGAUUCCAAAAUAUCACAAAUUGCAGCAAUGUGUGUUUUACCCCGACUGAAAACAAUAAAUGGUAUAAGUUAUUUCUUAAAAUGUAAGAAUUAUUUCUGUUAACAUCUGUCUGUAGUUUGCAUUAUUGUAAUAAGGCCCUCAUUCCGAGUUGAUCGGUCGCAAGGCGAAUUUAGCAGAGUUACACACGCUAAGCCGCCGCCUACUGGGAGUGAAUCUUAGCUUCUUAAAAUUGCGACCGAUGUAUUCGCAAUAUUGCGAUUACUAACUACUUAGCAGUUUCAGAGUAGCUCCAGACUUACUCUGCCUGUGCGAUCAUUUCAGUGCUUGUCGUUCCUGGUUGACGUCACAAACACACCCAGCGUUCGCCCAGGCACUCCCACCGUUUCCCCGGCCACUCCUGCGUUUUUUCCGGAAACGGUAGCGUUUUCAGCCACACGCCCCUGAAACGCCGUGUUUCCGCCCAGUAACACCCAUUUCCUGUCAAUCACAUUACGAUCGCCGGAGCGAAGAAAAAGCCGUGAGUAAAAAUACUUUCUUCAUAGUAAAGUUACUUGGCGCAGUCGCAGUGCGAACAUUGCGCAUGCGUACUAAGCGGAUUUUCACUGCGAUGCGAUGAAAAAUACCGAGCGAACAACUCGGAAUGAGGGCCUAUAUUUAUCUAUUUGCUAGUAUGUUUUUGGACUGUUGGAGGAAACCGAAGCAAAUAUGGCAGAAUAUACAAACUCCUUCGUAUUAAACGUAUUUGUAACUUUAAA